AUGAUGAACAGAAAUUUAGCUUGUUUCGGAGUACUUGUAUACUUUCUUGUCAGUAUUCUCAGUAAACAUAAAUGCUUGUCCAUAAGAUGUUAUGAUUGCGACCAUUGCCCCAGAGUCUCAAAUAUAUCGAUCUCGAAAGACGAAUGCGCCAAAUGCCUUGUUGGAGGUGUAGGCAGUAAUACAGACAGACGAUGUCUUUACUCCGGUCAAACCAUUCCACCUGGCUUUCCUAAGGAAGGUCAGGAAGUAUGUGACACAGAUCUUUGUAAUGGUAAAACAACAGGUACACCAGGAUUUGAAAUUGAGAACCCAAUCAGUUGUUAUGUUUGUAAAGACUGUGGAAAAGAUAACGAAAGAAUUGAAAAAUAUUGUGGCGCAUGUGUGAUUCAUAAAACAGAUGGAAAGGUAGUAAAAUUAUGCCUUCCAAACUGUGAAGGUGUUCCCAAAAAUGAAAACACUUCCUGCUGUACAACAAAUUUGUGUAAUGGAAUGACAAACGUGAUUGUCAACAAGAAUAUUAUCGUAUUUCUACUUCUCCUCACACUGAUGCGUGCAUACACUAUGUAA